UCUUAACGAUUUGUUGAUCCUGUGGACUUGCCGUAGUAGAACAGGAAGUCAACAGCUACCAGAUAAUUACUCAUUGAGCUCCUCCCUGUAGCUAGUCACCAAAGCCACACGUUUUCAGUGUAGAAACUUGUUUAGUAUUUGUUCGUUCAUUUAGUUGUAGGUAUAAUAAGCUAUACAGCUAGAAACAGUUGAUAGAUUUCUCAAUUAUUUUGUAACCGCGUGAUACUAGCUACAGCCAGGGUUUGUCAGACAACCGGUGCUUUGCCUUUGUAACUUGCUGACGUUACUGGAGACAGCUAUCUAGCCAACUAUCCAUACAUUCCUUGCUGUGUUUACUAUUGGUAGAACGUGUAGGCUAUUUCUGGAGGGGAAAUUAUGAAUUACUCAGAUUAUGAUUCCGAUGGCUAUUCUUCAAAUGCAGAUCAAGACUAUGUCCCAUCUGAUGACAACCUUAGUGAAGAUGACAUGAAUGAAUGUGUGAAAGAGGAUGGUCUGGAAGGGGAUGACCAGCAUGGCCAACAGUCUGAUAAUGUCACCAAGAAGAAAAAGAAGAAAGGCCAACACAUUGGCAUGAGGAAAAGAAAGAAAGGAGGACUGAAGUUAGAGGAGACACUGCAUGAUGGUAGUGUGGAGGAUCAGAAAGUAGAGCAGGGGGAGGAGAGAGAGUUUUCUACUCCCAGGCCCAAGAAGGAGGAGGAUGAAGAGAAAAAGAAGAAGGCAGAUGAUUUGUGGGCCAGUUUUCUGAGUGAUGUUGGUCACAAAUCCAAGCCACCUACCCCAGUGCCGCAGGCUACUACUAAACAGCAGGCUGCACCCACAGACAGUCCGAAGAAGCCCAUUUCGGCUCCAUCAGAACCUCAACAACCAGAGCCUAAAGAGCCCUCUAAAGUCACCAUCACUAAGGUGUUUGACUUUGCUGGGGAAGAGGUCCGGGUAUCCAAAGAGGUUGAUGCUGACUCCAAGGAGGCCAAGAGCUUUCUGAAGGCCAAGGAGGAGACACCAUAUGUACAGACUGUACCCAGAAGAUUUGAGCCCCCCUCCCUUGCCCCUGGACCGAGUGUGAAGAGGCCUGUAGGGAUGGGUAGCAUCCUGAACCGCCUCGGGGGGAAGAAACAGAAGAUGAGCACGUUAGAGAAGUCUAAGAUGGACUGGAAUGCCUUCAAAGACGAGGAAGGCAUCGGGGACGAGCUGGCCAUCCACAACCGCGGCAAAGAGGGCUGUGGAGCAGCUGUCCAUCUGCAUGCCUUCUCAGAAUAUCAGCAUCAUCUGACAUCCAGGGCUUUCAGUGGCGCUCAUCUCCCUUCCUGCCUGCCUCCUCUCCCAGAACAGGAUUUUCUCUCUGCUGUCAGAGAGGCCCUGCAGUGGCAUUAUUCUUUCCUAAAGGUUACUGUUGAACAGAUGAAUAAUUGAACAGCCCUCCCCCCAUCUUUCUCUCCACUUCUCCAUCCUCCUCUGUGUCUCUGACUGAUGAGCUAUGCAGCCUGGCUGCUGGUCGCUGUUCCUGCGUCACAGGAAAGGAAAUGUACGGAGCAGAGCUAAGAAAACACAGUCGAGAACAGGUUAUAUAUGAGGUUAGAGGGGGGCAGGGAGUCGGGUGCAGAGCAGCACCUGCUCUAUACAUAGCAAUAGCAGUCCACAUCCAUUUACCCAGCAGCUCUGCAGAUAAGUCCUGCCUUUCACUCCUUGAUGCUGAUGAAUGCACUACUAUAGCUUGCCCUUUGCUGCAGUGUAUAGGUGUGUGGUUAGGUGAGAUUGCGUGUGUAUUCAUAUGCAUUUUUAACCUGCUCUUUUCUGAGUACAUUUUUGAAACCCCACAAAUACACAAAGCACUUGUCCUAUGUGCCUGUUGUAUGCAGUGAGUGUUUCAGAGCAGCCAACCACAGGAGUGUGAAAAGACACCUACACUAAAGUGGUGCAUAUACACUGCCCACUUCCCCCUCCCCCUAUGUUCUGUGGAUAUUAAUAGAUAUGUGUGCAUCAUACAUAUGCCUAUUUCUGUCACACACAAACCACAUAGGAGAUAGUCAGGCCGUGAAAUGAGAGUGAGAGUUCACUCUAAAUCGGCAAAUGGCGGCCCAUGGGCUACCUCCUUUUUGUAGGCCUGCGGAUUCAUUUCCUGGUCUCAACUUACUAUUAAAAGUUAGAAUAAUAGAAUUCACAGGGUGCAAUUUCAAAAUGUGCUUGUGCAUCAGGAUGUGUUCUAUUAUGUCAGUCACUGACAGUCACUCAAUAAGCCCAUGUCAGCUAAACAUUUUUAGAUUGGUAAGUUAGUUUAGUGGCCAGCUAUUUAAACUUGUAGUAAGCAAGGUCGAAUUACUGACCGGGUGGGGCCCCAUUGAUCAUCAGAUAUCAUAUUGAAAACUGCAAACAUUUGUCUCAACCCUAUGGCAAAAUGUGUGGAAUUGCAGGAAAUUAAAUCUAAAACUUCAAUUGUUUCUCUUCACUGUCAAGAGGGGAGCCACUAUAUUUUUUUGCUCGCAACAAAAUGUUGCUUAGGGCCCCCAAAAGGCAAGGGUUGACUCUGACUGCAUGUGGGUAUGGAUGUGUGUACGCAGACCUGCGAGCCACUGCGGCCCCUCAUCAGUUCCGAUUUUUUUAGUGUGGCUCCCACCCACAUUAAAGUUGCCCAUCCCCUGGUCUAAAUUAACUAUGUAACCAACUUUCUUCUGAACAUCUCUUUGCUUUUGAUCAUGAAUUAUGAAUGUUGAAGAGAUGUAGGCCAGUCUUAUGGUGUGUGCAGCUCACAGUGAGAGCUAAGGGAUAAAAGUAAUCUGUGUAGACAACAAACUACCUAGCACACUAUAUUCCUAUCUCCUCAACCACUAAAAGGCUGUCACCUCGAUGCUUAUCACUUAGUCUAGUUCAAGUGUUCACUCACAGGGAGGUGACCUGCUUUGUGGGGCACAUUAUGAAAUGACAGAGAAAUUAAUGAUGUCAAAAUAACACAGUGAUGUGGAUUGGGUGAAAAAUGUGUGCAGAUGACCCAAUUUUGUCAGGAGGGCCGAGGAUCUCUAUCAACUGAGUGGUGACAACAGACAUGGGCAGUAUUUCUGUUACGUGUAUUUGAAAUAUGCAUUUUAAUUACGUAUUUUUUACACUGGGCUGAACUACACUGUAUUUUGUUACAAGAUACUUUCGAGAGCUGUAGUUUAUUUUCAAAAUACCUUUCUAUACCAUAUUUUAUAGAGGUUCGCCAUUUUUCAUGGCCCCCUUUCACCUUGCAUUGGUAUCAGAUGUCUGAUGGUAUUAUGGUGUGAUAAGACCAUCUGCUAAAUUAACAAAAUAUAAACGUGUAUGUAAAAAUGUACAAUUGCAAAGAAUGCUGAGUAUUAUUCGAAUGAGCUCUGCCCUGAAACAAGGUUUUGUCAAAGUUGACUUUUUUAGGCAGGUUUCUGAGAAUUUACACAGCAGAUUAGUAGAAUUAGGUUUAACUGUACCCCACAUUGUUUUGUUUUUUUGUAUGUUCAUUUUCAUAUGUACAUUUUACAAAUCCAGAAUGACUUAGUCAGUGCAUUCAACUAGACACAAUAACAUAUCACAGUCAUAGCAAGUAAAAUGUUCUGUAACUGUUACUGAGAAUGUUUAUUGCCUUUCGGCCCGGCUACUUGCAAAUGUAUUUUAAAAUACAAAAUACAUGUAUUUGAAUUAAAUGCAUUAUAAAAUACAAGUAUUUUGUCAUUUAUUUUGAUGCAUUGAUCUCUCUUUUUUUGUGAUUUAUUUAUUUAUUUUGUAAUUUUUGCUCAUCCCUGGGUGACACUGAAAGUCAGGUGUCAGGUGAUAUAGCCAAGUUCUGUAAGGUGGGUUGUUAUUGGCAGAGAGGUUUGCCUCUGUUAUUGGUCUAUUAACUUAUACGGCCUUCUGAUAUAACCAGGCAAGUAAAAACUCCACUGAUGCAAAACCUGCUGAUUAGAAGGUCCUGUGUCAAUUUUAUUUUCAACCAGCAACUAUCAGGAAAAAACAUUUUGGAUAUAGUUUCAUUAGAUGUUGUACAAUAUGAUACAAAACAUAGAAAAAAACAGAAUUUUGACUGCACUGGGCCUUUAAGGGUUCAUUUGUCUCUUAAACCCAAUAAAAUGAGUCAGACAUCUGCUCACCUGUGAUUACCCAGCCUGCUCUGGGGAAGGGGAUGACAUACCUGUUGCCACUGGUUGAGGUCUCUGUAUUAUCUCUUCCCGUAAUCAUCAUAAACCAGCCUGCACCUGUCUCCAUGGCUACCCAGCACCACAGCACUCUUCUGUGUGAGCUAGCUCUCUCGUUUCUCCAGUCUCACUGUUUUGGGAUGAUUUGGUCUCCACCAGGGGGGAUGCUAAUCUAGCAUGACAUCAUUGGAGCAGCCUUGGAGACAUUGGGAUGAUUAACUCUGUCACUGCCUGUUGAGAGUAGAAGAGGCUUUCAUCCAUGCAGGCAGAGAUGUCACACUACCACCACUUACCCUGGUUUUGGCUAUGUCUGUCUGUGCUUCAGUAUAGGAGAUGAGAGAGAAGAGUCUUACUGUAUAUUCAGCCAAUCUAGAUUGUGGUGAGAUGAAGUAAAUAUACAUUAAAUUAAAGACUGUAGUUGGAGAGUUCAGAAAUACAGCCUAUCCGACACGCUAAAUGGCUGCUUUCUCCCAGUUCCUCCCUUUUCUCAGUGUUUAUCUGUCUCUUUGGGAGGGAUGUGGUUGUGGAGGCCAGGGUCCUGAGAGAGAGGCAGCAGUGGGCUGAGGGCGGUCCACUAGGCCACACUGGGAGAACACAUAGCUGUUCUUGGAGCUCCAGACAACCCCCAUGGUAGGGGUUGGGACUGCCCUGGGACUGCUCUCCCAUGGGGGGGGGGGGUCACACCCAGGCUGGGGGGCCAAUGAGGAGGCCUCCCUCCCUCUGUUCCAGGGCCAGACAACAACCAGUGGUGGGCGUGAGCCACGAGGCAGCUGGUAAUGGCUUUGGGGAGGAACUUUGGGUACAGUGGUAUCUUUUUAGCUGUCCCUUAUGUAUAGAGAAGGCUCUAUGUGGUGUGCAUAGGCCAUGCUAGGAGAAGGAAAAUGAGAUGGAAAUCAAAUAACAUUUUAUUGGUCACAUACACAUAUUUAGCAGAUGUUGUUGCGGAUGUAGCGAAAUGCUUGUGUUCCUAGCUCCAACGGUGCAGUAAUAUCUAACAAAACACACAAUUCUAAAAUAAUGGAAUAUAUAAAUGUCGCCGUGGAAUUGACUAAAAUACAGUAAAAUAGAAUAUAGUAUAUACGGUUGAAGUCAGAAGUUUACAUACACUUAGGUUGGAGUCAUUAAAACUAGAUUUUAGGCCUCCCGGGUGGCACAGUGGUUAAGUGCGCUGUACUGCAUCGUCAGCUGUGCCACCAGAGACUCUGGGUUCGCGCCCAGGCUCUGUCAUAACCGGCCGCGACCGGGAGGUCCGUGGGGCGACGCACAAUUGGCCUAGUGUCGUCCGGGUUAGGGAGGGUUUGACCGGUAGGGAUAUCCUUGUCUCAUCGCGCACCAGCGACUCCUGUGGCUGGCACGGUGUUUCCUCAGACACAUUGGUGCGGCUGGCUUCCGGGUUGGAUGCGCGCUGUGUUAAGAAGCAGUGCUGUUUGGUUGGGUUGUGUAUCGGAGGACUUUCAACCUUCGUCUCUCCCGAGCCUUACGGGAGUUGUAGCGAUGAGACAAGAUAGUAGCUACUAACAAUUGGAUACCAUGAAAUUGGGGAGAAAAAGGGGUCAAAUUUUAAAAAAAAAACUUAAAAAAAACGAGAUUUUCAACCACUCCACAAAUUUCUUGUUAACAAACGGUUAGGACUAAGUCAUUUUUCCAACAAUUAUUUACAGACAGAUUAUUUCACUUAUAAUUCACUGUAUCACAAUUCCAGUGGGUCAGACGUUUGCAUACACUAAGUUGACUGUGCCUUUAAACAGCUCGGAAAAUUCCAGAAAAUGAUGUCAUGACUUUCGAAGCUUCUGUUAGGCUAAUUGACAUAAUUUGAGUCAAUUGGAGGUGUACCUCUGGAUGUAUUUCAAGGCCUACCUUCAAACUCAGUGCCUCUGCUUGACAUCAUCGAAAAAUCAAAAGAAAUCAGCCAAGAUCUCAGAAAAAAAUUGUAGACCUUUCAAGUCUUGUUCAUCCUUGGGAGCAAUUUUCAAACGCCUGAAGGUACCAAGUUAAUCUGUACAAGUAUAAACACCAUGGGACCACGCAUCCGUCAUACCGCUCAGGAAGGAGACGCAUUCUGUCUCCUAGAGAUUAACAUAUUUUGGUGCGAAAAGUGCAAAUGAUCCCCAGAACAACAGCAAAGGACCUUGUGAAGAUACUGGAGGAAACAGGUACAAAAGUAUCUAUUUCCACAGUAAAACGAGCCCUGUAUCGACAUAACCUGAAUGGCCGCUCAGCAAGGAAGAAGCCACUGCUCCAAAACCGCCAUAAUAAAGGCAGACUACGGUUUGCAACUGCACAUGGAGACAAAGAUCGUACUUUUUGGAGGAAUGUCCUCUGGCCUGAUGAAACAAAAAUAGAACUGUUUGGUCAUAAUGACCAUCGUUAUGUUUGGAGGAAAAAGGGGGAGGCUUGCAAGCCGAAGAACACCAUCCCAACCGUGAAGCACAGGGGUGGCAGCAUCAUGUUGUGGGGGUGCUUUGCUUCAGGAGGGACUGGUGCACUUCACAAAAUGGAUUGCAUCAUGAGGAUGGAAAAUGAUGUGGAUAUAUUGAUGCAACAUCUCAAGACAUCAGUCAGGAAGUUAAAACUUGGUCUUCCAAAUGGACAAUGAACUCAAGCAUACUUCCAAAUUUGUGGCAAAAUGGCUUACGGACAACAAAGUCAAGGUAUUGGAGUGGCCAUCACAAAGCCCUGACCUCAAUCCUAUAGAAAAUGUGUGGGCAGAACUGAAAAAGCUUGUGCGAGCAAGGAGGCCUACAAACCGGACUCCGUUACACCAGCUCUGUCAGGAGAAAUGGGCCAAAAUUCACCCAACUUAUUGUGGGAAGCUUGUGGAAGGCUACCUGAAAUGUUUGACCCAAGUUAAAGAAUUUAAAGGCAAUGCUACCAAAUACUAAUUGAGUGUAUGUUAACUUCUGACCCACUGGGAAUGUGAUGAAAGAAAUAAAAACUGAAAUGAAUAAUUCUCUACUAUUAUUCUGACAUUUCACAUUCUUAAAAUAAAGUGGUGAUUCUAACUGACUUAAGACAGGGAAUUUUUACUAGGAUUAAAUGUCAGUAAUUGUGAAAAACUGAGUUUAAAUUUGGUUAAGGUGUAUGUAAACCUCUGACUUCAACUGUACAUGAGAUGAGUAAAGAGAUGAGUAAAGCCAUAUGUAAACAUUAUUAAAGUGACUAGUGUUAUUUUAUUAAAGUGGCCAGUGAUUCCAAGCCUAUGUACAGUACCAUUCAAAAGUUUCGACCCUCAUUCAAGGGUUUUUCUUAAUGUUUACUAUUUUCUACAUUGUCGAAAAGUAAUGAAGAUAUCAAAACUAUGAAAUAACACAUGUAAUCAUGUAGUAAGCAAAAAAGUGUUGAACAAAUCUAAAUCUUUUAGUUUUUAGAUUCUUCAAAGUAGCCACCCUUUGCCUGAUGACAGCGUUACACACUCUUGGCAUUCUCUCAACCAGCUUCAUGAGGAAUGGUUUUCCAACAGUCUUGAAGGAGUUCCCACAUAUGCUGAGCACUCGUUGGCUGCUAUUUCUUCACCCUGCGGUCCGACUCAUCCCAAACCAUCUCAAUUGCGUUGAGGUCGGGUGAUUGUGGAGGCCAGGUCAUCUGAUGCAGCACUCCAUCACUCUCCUUCUUGGUAAACUAGCCCUUACACAGCCUGGAGGUGUGUUGAGUCAUUGUCCUGUUGAAAAACAAAUGAUAGUCCCACUAAGCCCAAACCAGGUGGUAUGGGUAUUGCUUCAGAAUGCUGUGGUAGCCAUGCUGACUAAGUGUGCCUUGAAU